UUUUUCAUCCCUAUUUGUACCUAACUUAAUAUAAUAAACUCCCAUCAUUAUUAUUAGUAGUAUAAUGCUAACACGUUCAACGCAACAACUUUGAUCUUAUCAGUUCAACUCGAAGAAACCACCUUAAAGAUGAGGAAAAGUGGGAAAGAACAAAAACAGAACAAGAUUGUGAGAAUAAUAACAACACCGAUAAGAGUACUAGGUAAAGCCAAAGACAUGUACGUAAGAAGCAUAACAAAGUGCGGUAACAACAUGAAUUACAGCAACCCAAUAGAUUCUACUGGAAGAUUCCAGAAUUUACCAAGAAGUUACAGCGCGGUAACUACCAGAUCUGCUGGUGCUGGUGAUAGCGAGGAUUUUGUUGACUUAAUCAGAGCAGCUUCAGCUAGAACUUUGGUUAACCGGAUUGAUAUGGAUUUGGUUCUCAAGCAAGAACCUGCCACGUCGCGACCCGUUUCUACAAACGGGUUACCCAAAUCCGUUAGUGUUGGAAUGGGUCGGAUUGAUGAAGAAAAGGCUAGUGAUUUGGGUGAAGGUGUUGGUGAUGUUCUUGUGCUGGGAAAUUCUUAUCCAAGAAGUAGAAGCUAUGCUGUUGGAAAGAGAAAUGGUGUUUUGUGAAUUUGAUCAUUGGAAUUUUAUGUUCUGGUAAUUUUGAUUUCUAUUUUUCAUUGGAUUUUUUUUCUUGGAUGCUAUUGGUUCAUACCUCAUGAUAUAUCAUAUACUAGCACCACUCAAUCAAUGCAAUUCCAUUCUUCCUGCUGCUAA